UAGGCCUAUGAGGAUGGAGAGUCAUACUGAAAUGGAGAUGCUCAGGACAAUGAAGGGGCCUUCCACAGGGGAAGUCAGUGUGCACCUGGUGGCCAGAGACAGCCCAGGUUCCGGUCCUCACCUGCCGGCAGCUGCCUUCAUCAUUCCGGCUAGCACAGCCACCCUUGGCCUGUCCAGCAGUGCCCUAGAUAUGUCCUGCUUUCCGCGGGAGCCAAUCCAUGUGGGCGCCCUGGAGCGGGUAGCCAGCAGCGAACCAGUGACAGCCACUGUUCUGCCACAGCUAAGUACUGGGCCUGCAGCCAGCUCUAGUGCCAGCACAGUGAGACUUCUGGAGUGGACCGAGGCUGCAGCUCCGCCCCCUGGGAGUGGUCUGCGGUUCCGGAUAAGCGAGUACGCACCGCUGAAUAUGGUGGGAAUAGAGCAACCACCAAGCCCCAAGCAGCAGCAGGAAGGCAGAGCCGAAUGCGAAGAUGGCGGGGCCACAUCAGGAGGUGGCCAUGAGGACACCCAACAACCCGAGGGCCUCCCCCAGGACCCUCCUGAAGACUCCUCUCAGGACCGCCCAGAGGAUGACAGCGCCUGUCGGUGCCAGGCCUGUGGACCUCAGCAAGGCGCUGGUCCAGACCUUGGUUCCCCCAGUGAUACCUGCCCUCCCCUGUUCCAGGAGCGGUCUGUCAUCGUGGAGAACUCCUUGGGCUACACCAGCGCUUCUGAGCUCCUCAAACCCAUGAAGAAGCGGAAGCACAGGGAAUACCAGAGUCCAUCAGAGGAGGAAUCGGAGCCAGAGGCCAUGGAGAAGCAAGAAGAAGGAAGGGAUCCAGAGGGACAGCCCAGUGUCAGCACUCCAGAGAGCGAGGAGUGGAGCAGCAGCCAACCAGCAUCAGGUGAGAAGAAGGAAGGUUGGUCAUGGGAGUCCUACCUGGCAGAGCAGAAGGCCAUCACUGCCCCAGUCAGCCUCUUCCAGGACUCCCAGGUAGUCACUCAUCACAAGAAUGGCUUCAAACUGGGCAUGAAGCUGGAAGGCAUUGACCCUCAACAUCCGUCCAUGUACUUCAUCCUCACUGUGGCCGAGGUGUGUGGCUACCGCCUGCGUCUGCACUUUGAUGGGUAUUCCGAGUGCCAUGACUUCUGGGUCAAUGCCAACUCCCCUGACAUUCACCCUGCUGGCUGGUUUGAGAAGACUGGGCACAAGCUGCAGCCUCCCAAAGGUUACAAGGAGGAGGAGUUCAGCUGGAGCCAGUACCUGCGCAACACAAGAGCUCAGGCAGCCCCCAAGCACCUGUUUGUGAGCCAGAGCCACAGUGCCCCUCCCCUGGGCUUCCAGGUGGGCAUGAAGCUGGAGGCUGUUGACCGCAUGAACCCGUCCCUCGUCUGCGUGGCCAGUGUGACCGACGUGGUAGAAAGCCGCUUCCUGGUGCACUUUGACAACUGGGAUGAUACUUACGACUACUGGUGUGAUCCCAGCAGUCCCUACAUCCAUCCAGUGGGCUGGUGUCAGAAGCAAGGAAAGACCCUCACCCCUCCACAAGAUUAUCCAGACCCUGAUAGCUUCUGCUGGGAGAAAUAUCUAGAAGAAACUGGGACUUCUGCUGUGCCCACCUGGGCCUUCAAAGUGCGACCGCCUCACAACUUCUUGGUCAACAUGAAGCUAGAAGCUGUGGACCGCAGAAAUCCAGCCCUGAUUCGUGUGGCCAGCGUGGAUGAUGUGGAAGACCAUCGAAUAAAGCUCCACUUUGAUGGCUGGAGUCAUAGCUAUGACUUCUGGAUUGAUGCCGACAACCCAGACAUCCACCCCGCAGGCUGGUGCUCCAAGACAGGACAUCCCCUGGAGCCUCCUCUCCGGCCCAGAGAGUCCAGCUCUGCCUCCCCUGGGGGCUGCCCCCCUCUCAGCUAUAAGAGCCUGCCUCACUCAAGGACCUCCAGAUACAGCUUUCACCACCGGAAGUGCCCCACUCCUGGCUGUGAUGGCUCUGGCCAUGUCACAGGCAAGUUCACAGCUCACCAUUGCCUCUCGGGCUGCCCACUAGCUGAGAGGAACCAGAACCGCCUGAAAGCAGAUCUGUCUGACACAGAGGCCUCGGCCAAGAAGAAAAACCUCCCCAACCUGUCACCAAGGAAGAAGCCUCGCCAUCAUGGCCGGAUUGGACGCCCUCCAAAGUAUCGGAAGAGUCCACAGGAAGAAUUCCAGACACUUGCUCCUGAUGUCAUGCAGCAGUCCUUCUUCAUGUCAGCCUUGUCGGCCCACCCUGAUCGCUCACUGUCCUUAUGCUGGGAGCAGCACUGCAAGCUCCUGCCAGGAGUGGCAGGCAUCUCAGCUUCUGCUGUCUCCAAGUGGACCAUUGAGGAGGUCUUUGGCUUCGUUCAGACCCUGACAGGUUGUGAGGACCAAGCACGCCUCUUCAAAGAUGAGAUGAUUGACGGCGAGGCCUUCCUUUUGCUGACACAGGCGGACAUUGUGAAGAUCAUGAGCGUCAAGCUGGGCCCAGCCUUGAAGAUCUAUAACGCCAUUCUCAUGUUCAAAAAUGCUGAUGACACCUUAAAGUGACUGGCCAGGGUUGGGCCCUCCUCCAUUCCUUGCUGGGACUCCCUCUCUAGCUGAUGCUUUCUUCCUGACUUGAGCUCCUCAUACCCCCACUGUACCCCCACCCUCUGUAUCUGACCAGGCCUGGUCCUUCCUGAAAGGUGCAGGGGGUCCUAGGGAAGGUGGAGACCUGCCCCGGGUCCUGGAGAUCAUUUACCUUCAGGGGCACUGGUGAGGCCAUGAUUGAGCUGAGGCAUCAAUGAGGGAGUUGUUGGAGGUCCCCUGUCUAGGGAAGCCCCACAUAUGAUGUUGACCAUGUCGUGAUCAAAGGGUCUUUUUUCUUAGCAGUGAGGAAGAGUCCCCACCCUGAGGCUCUUUUUCCUUCUCUGUAUUUUUCUCUCCCUCACUUCUUUCCUCUGCUAAGAAGUGACCCUGCCAUAAGCAUUUAUGCAUAAAAGCACCUCCUCCCCUUUUCCCUGCUGGUUUUAUGGCCUAUAUUCUUCUACCCAGUUUCCUGGGCAUUGCCAACCAUGGCCCAGCCAGCCCCUUGGCUCUUCCCUGUAGAUAUAUGAGCCUCAGAAACAUGUCAUCAUGGUUGGGUGUGGUGGCACCUGCCUGUAAUCCCAGCACUCUGCAAGGCCAAGGUAGGAGGAUUGAAAAUUAAAACCCUGCCUGACAAUAGGGUGACUUAGUGAGACCCAGGCGGGGUUUGGAUGGGGACUUGAGGUGCAGCUCAAUGCAAAAGCCCUGGUCAAUCUCCAAUACUAUCCAAGAGUGAAAAGGAAGGAAGGAGGAAAGGGAGGGAGGGAAGGAAGGAAAAAAGGAAGGAUAUAUGUCAUCAUGGGAGCUCCUAGCUGCCUUUGUUUUGCCCAGCAGUGAAAGAGACUCAGAGCCAAUAUGCCUUUGAACAUGUCCAAUAUGAGCCAAUGGGCAUUUUAGUGGCCCACACUGGGUCCUAGUUCCAGCGGCAUGAGCAAGUGAUUGAAGCCUAUUUUAUAGCUGGCAGUGGUUGAGGUUCACUGAUGUUUUGCAUACUCUCUCUCUGAUGGGUCUGGGGAAAAGGAAGCCUGGUCUGGUAAGUAGCCCAGGCCAAAAGACCUGCUCAAGGGACUUUCAGACAAUCUGUAGCCAAAGGAGAGCUCUGGUAGGCAUGGUAGUCCCAAAAGCUGAGCAAGCAUCCUCUCUACAUCUGUGGGUCUCAGCCAGGGUAUUGCCCUUGUCUGCCUGCCCAGGCCUAGGCCCCCUGCCUGCCAGACCUCCCACCAUGGGAAUGUAGCACUCUGUCUAGCACAUAUCCUCCCCUCGAAAAUAUAUGAAAUCACAUUUGAUCCGUCCCUUGUAUGUCUACCACUUGGUCUUGAGGUGUCUCACAAAGACCACUUAGGGAUGGGAGUUGGAAAGGUGAACUCUUCUAUCUUUGAGUUCUCUGUCCCUUAAGCCCUCUUACCACUCCUUAUGUGUCUUGCACUGCCAGCUGGGUCCCUGGUGGGACUCUGGGACUUCAACCUCUCUGUCCACAUGGGGACCCAGCCUCCACUGAGCCACUGCCAAACCUGGCACCCAGCCUGGGUGGGAAGGGCUAGAGCCGCCCUCAGAAGCCAGCCCCAUCUGAAGGUGAAGGGCUAAUGCCAAGCUCCCAUAUCCCCAGGUGCUGAGAUGGGCCUGCGGGCUGUGGAGCUGGGGUCCUUCACCAGACCCCUUCUCGGUCAUGUGAUAUGUGUAUGUAUAUGUGCACAGAACUCAUGCAGAUGUGAGGCUCAGUGCUGGGACUAUGUCAAGGGCUACUGUUAAAUAUGAAGCUUCAUUUUUUUCCUUAGAGGAAACCCAAAGUUCUGUUGAUUUCCUGCCACAGCCCUAUAGAGGCCCCACUCUACUACGGGCCAGACAAGUUUUAAGGAUAGCCAUUGAGCCCCAGCUGACCUCUGCAGAGCUUCAGAUGUCCCUUCCCUUUCAGUCUGAGCACAGCCUUCCUGGGAGGGAGGCCACGUGAGCAGGCCUGGCCACAGGGUGUGGGCUAGGUUUACAGAGAUGACAUUGCUGCCCUUUGGCUGAAGUAAAAGGAGCACAUGCAAGUCUUUUAUUCUGCUACCUAGGUGUCAGUGGAACUCAUCCUUGUCCUUAAUUUGCCUCUCAGAUGCUCACUGACUUUGUGAAAUAAGAAGGCAGCAAGUACUCGCACCACAUGCUCCUGGCUAGUGCUGUGGACCUCACAGCUUCAAAGGAGAGGGGCUGGGUAGCUUUUGCCAUGUCGAUCUGUCACCCACCAAAUGUUCACCUGUGGGAGAGACCAGGUGAACCAAAGGCCUCUGAGCCUUGAGCCUCAGCAUUCUCUGCACUGUCAAACCUGUGGGAAAGAAACCAAAUCAUAGAAAAGCAGGAAGAAGUCAGCCUCUGUCUUCCUCCACUGCCCUUCACCCUACUGCAUGCCCACACUAGCUCUCUGUACCUUGGCCUGAGAUCAUAGAGGAUAAGGGAGUGGGUGGCAGUUCUUGGUGCCCGGUGCCCUGUUCCCUAUGCCCUGUUCUGUAGCAACAGGUACCACUUAUACUUUGGCCCCAGCAGGCUCACCCAGCCUCUGUCCUAUCUUGGCCUAGGACAAGGACAACCUUUCUGUUUAAUUUCUGUGGCAGAGAAUAGCCCCCAGAGUUUGAAUAUGAAGCCCGUUUGCACUUUCAUUCACAUGCACUUUGGUGGGGUUACAUUUUUGUACUUGUCUGUGUGUGUGUGUGUGUGUGUGUGUGUGUGUGUGUAAUUAAGCUCAUAUGUUCUUUAAGAGAAUCCUCUGGUUUAAAUGAAAGUGACUCAUGAAGGAAGAAAAGUUACAAAUAAAAUAUGGUGUGAUUUGUCAAUGUAUUGAAACAACCUAAAUAAAGUUU